CGAUUUUACAUUUCACGCGGUUAAGUCGUUUCUCUCAGCUCUCUCUCGGAUUCUUUCUGCUAAGCGAAAACCAGACGACAGAAAAGCAGCAAGCAACACAAGAGGAAGGAGGGAGAAAAAAACUCGACAACGAAGACGAGAAAGUCAGAUUCUCGUGCCACGGAUUCAAAAUCAUUUCUUCUCAUUAGCAGAUCGACCGCAAAUUACCAAAAUCUCCGCCGCGAUUAACGGCGGUGUCCACGUCUCUUUCGUUUGUGCAUAAUAAGAGGACGAGCAGCAGGAGAAGUCAGCUUAGUAACGCAAUCUCUUUGAUUUGACUUGACUUGAGAUACAUAUAUUUUGGCAUUGAUGAUAUUUCAUUGCGUGGAAGAAAUGUAAAACGCUGAAGAACUAGAAGAAACCACACACAGAUUGAUUGAUGAUUCUCUCGACUUCUUAAGGGGUAAUUGGUGGUGUAUAGCAUAUGCUUUAAGAAGGUGAAGAACAAAUAAUAAUAAUUUAAUGGAGUCGGGAUCAGAGAAAAAGUUUCCACUCAAUGCAAAAGACUACAAGCUACAUGAAGAAAUCGGAGAUGGUGUCAGUGCCACUGUGUACAGAGCUUUGUGCAUACCACUUAACGAGGUUGUUGCUAUCAAGGUUCUUGAUCUCGAAAAGUGCAACAACGACCUGGAUGGGAUAAGGAGAGAGGUGCAUACAAUGAGUCUGAUCAACCAUCCAAACGUCUUACAAGCUCAUUGCUCAUUUACCGCUGGGCAUCAGCUAUGGGUUGUGAUGCCAUACAUGGCUGCAGGUUCCUGUCUCCAUAUUAUAAAGUCUUCUUAUCAAGAUGGAUUUGAGGAGCCUGUUAUCGCUACUUUACUCCGUGAGACUCUGAGAGCUCUUGUAUAUCUUCAUGCUCAUGGACAUAUCCAUAGGGAUGUUAAGGCUGGAAACAUAUUAUUGGACUCCAGUGGUGCCGUUAAGUUAGCAGACUUUGGAGUAUCAGCUUGCUUGUUUGAUACAGGAGAUAGACAACGUUCCAGAAAUACAUUUGUUGGGACUCCUUGCUGGAUGGCUCCUGAAGUCAUGCAACAACUACAUGGAUAUGAUUUCAAAGCAGAUGUUUGGUCAUUUGGAAUAACGGCACUUGAACUGGCACAUGGUCAUGCCCCAUUCUCCAAGUAUCCGCCAAUGAAAGUUCUGCUGAUGACCCUACAAAAUGCACCUCCCGGACUUGACUACGAGAGAGAUAAAAGAUUUUCAAAAGCCUUCAAAGAAAUGGUGGGUAUAUGCCUAGUCAAGGACCCAAAGAAGCGUCCAACUUCAGAAAAGCUUUUAAAACAUCCUUUCUUCAAACAAGCACGCACACCUGAUUACAUGGCUAAAGCGAUUCUUAAUGGUCUUCCUCCAUUAGGUGAACGCUAUAGAAAUAUAAAGUCAAAGGAAGCUGAUCUUCUAAUGCAAAACAAGUCUGAAUACGAAGCGCACUUAUCACAGCAAGAAUACAUAAGGGGAAUAAGCGCUUGGAAUUUCAAUCUCGAGGACCUAAAGAAUCAGGCUGCUCUUAUUUCAGAUGAUGAUAAUUCACAUGCGGAAGAGCCUGAUUGCAACAGAAAGCAAUGUGAAAGACAAGAUGAAUCUACUCUUUCCCCUGAAAGGGCUAGCAGCCCAGAAACAGCUCCCAGUCAGGAUAACGAAUUGAACGACAUUCAUGAUUUAGAGAGUUCUUUCGCCUCUUUUCCAAGCAAACCUCUUCAAGCCCUCAAAGGCUGCUUUGAUAUUGGUGAGGAGGACGAGGACAAUGCAACUACUCCUGAUUGGAAAUAUGCAAACCUAAUGAGUCCUGGACAACAGCUUUUAACAAAGGCUUCUAUUGGAUCUCUGGCGGACACCACGAAAGAAGAGGAUACCGCAGCACAAAACUCUUCUUUACCACGUCAUGUCGCUUCUGAACAAAAGAAAUAUUCGAGCGGUUCAAUUAUACCAGAGAGCACUUUCUCUCCAAAAAGAACCUCAUCAGAUGCUGAGAGGGAUUUUCAACAGCGUAGAUAUCAGACAGAGCGGAGCUACAGCGGAUCAUUGUAUCGCACCAAGAGAGAUACUGUGGACGAGACGUCAGAAGCCCCGCAUGUGGAGCACAAAGGACGGUUUAAGGUCACUUCCGCAGAUUUGAGUCCCAAGGGAUCUACAAACUCUACAUUCACACCGUUUGGUGGUGGUUCAAGCAGCCCGAGCUCUCUCAAUGCAACGACUGCCGCAAUCCUCCCAUCAGUUCAGUUAAUUUUGCAGCAAAACGCCAUGCAACGGGAAGAGAUUUUGAGACUAGUCAAAUACGUAGAGCAAACCUCUGUCAAGCAACCUGGAUCACUCGAGACAAGCGUCAAUGAGCUAUUGCAGACGCCUCCUGCAACUUCACGGGAGAGAGAACUUCAGACCCAAGUCAUGCUACUGCAACAAAGCUUUUUGAGCCUAACUGAAGAAGUAAAGAAACACAAGCAGAGAAAUGGGCAGUUAGAGAAUCAGUUGAACGCAUUCGCACACAGAAACGAUUGAGUCUCGAGGCAACAUAACACAAGCUCAGGGAAGAAACUGGGAUCUUGAGUAAAACCCCAAGUUCCCUUUCAAGAUCAAAGAAGAAAGAGUGAUUUGUGUGUUUAUAUUUCAUUGGGUGUAAUUUAUUUGACAGGUUCAUAUUAUGUGGCAACUACUAUAGUAUCUUGUCUUCUUAUUCUCCUUUCACUUGUGCGUGGUUUAUGAUGUGCUAUAUGUAUACAGCGUUUGCAUUAAUAGUAUCUCCUUCAUUGUUUGUUUA